CAACUUCUGAAAGACACGCAGUACACACAAGGUGGUCCAUUGCUGGACAUCACUAUGGAGUUAGGUGAACUGGAGGAAGUUCAUCUGCCACACUUUGUCUGUUUAGGGACCAACCCUUCCAUGAGGAAUGAGAUGAAGGUUCUUCAUGUAGAGGAACAUGGAGUGUCUUUAGAGGAAGUGCAUGAGGUCACCAGAUUCCAUGUUAAGAUUCUCCAUCCCAAGUUCUCACCUAUCUCUGUUAUACUGAGAUUACUGUCUUGGAACGUAGAUGUCCACUGUGACGUGGUCCUCUACAUGGCAGUAAAAAGGUCAACAGUCAUUUCAAGGCUGUACCUGCUCCUCAGAAACUCCAGUCAGAAAGAGGCUGUUCAGAAACGGGAGAAAAAUCAGGUGUCCAAAGGAUUUUCAGAAUUCGUCCUGUCAAGUCCAAACGGGUCCUUAAAGCUGAACAGUUGGUUUGCGUUCAAGAAUCCCCUCUCCACUUCCAUCAAUCCAGAGAAGAUUCAGCUGUUACCUGCAGACACCACCCAAGCUGUUGUCAGAUGAUAAUGGGAAACACAGGGGUUGACAUUGAGAUGGAG